AUGUUCACCUUCAGGAUUUUAUAUAGAAAGAUCCGAAGGCUAAUUUAUCUUUCUAAGCUAGUUAAAAGGCCUGAUAUUAUCCCAAAAUUAGAUGAAUUUUGGGGAAUUGAGCCGAAUUAUAAAGUUCCUAAAAAAUUCAAAAAACGCAAAAAAUCGAUCUCAAUUGAUGUUAUAAAAGAUGAAAAAAAUGAUGUUUUAAAUUUUUUUGAUAAAAAACCUGUGGAAUCCACUGAGAAGGUCAUAGUAAAUGAAGAUUUAACUCCUGAGUUAAAAGAGCAUGAAUCAGAACAGGAUUAUGAAUACAUAAACGAGAAGGAAUUUUUUAAAGAAUCAGUAAAUGACCUGAGAAAACUAAUUUAUCCACAUUUGGAUCCUAUUUCUAAGAGGCAUUUUGACGAGUUAAAACUAACAGCCCUUGGAGGAAAAGUAUCGCAUAACCGCAAGAUGCCUUAUAAGGAGUUCCUUCAGAGGCAAAAGGCUCUUAAAAAACACCUCGAAAAAAAUAAAAAAAUGGAGAUUGAACUGGGCGUCAAGUUAGGACUUGAUAAAAAGGGAGGAUUCAGGCAUGCUCAGCUCCAAAAAAGGAGGAGAUUGAGCCAAAAAAGGAAAAAUAAACCACUUUUCUCAACUAAUGAUAAAAAUGGAUUCUAUCACAUCAAACUUUAA